AUGGCCUCAGCCGGCCUCAAUUUGGGGGAAAAAUCGGUGAACAGCCCGGAGUCGCAGGACGACGUUCGUCUGCCCAAGGAGCAGUCACCUUCGGCCUUCUUCGAAACAAAGGCCUUCCGGCUGCUCUCGAUCUUCCUCUACUUGGGAGGGAUCAGUGGCCUGGGCAUGGUGCUGGCCAUGUACUACAUCUUCUUCUUCGACUCCAGUAUGCCGGACAUCCACCUCAAGUUCCCCGUCUCCAUUGGCGGCCACCCGGUGCAGAAGGUGCACGAGUACCAGUGACCCAACCACCCAUUUUAGCCCCUCUAAAAGUGGGUGGCUUAGAAGGCAGUCUGCUGCUAAUUGGAUUUGGAAAUGCUAGCAAAGAUAAAAUUGUGAUACCCGAAAAAAUAGCCAUUCGCCUCCUAAACUCAUCGGAAGUGACCGCGGAGCAGUUCUACAAGCACAUC